AUGCUUCUCUCCAGCCUUCUGAAAGUGGUCGUGGCUUCACUUUGUUUAGGAUCCAUUAUUGCCCAGAAGGUAACUCAAGACCAACCACAAGUACUAGUGCAAGAGAAGGAAGCUGUGACCCUGGACUGCAAGUAUGACACCAGUAAUUCACAAUAUAGUUUAUUCUGGUACAAGCAGCCCAGCAGUGGGGGGAUGAUUCUCCUUGUUCGUCAGGAUUCUCAUAACCAGCAAAAUGCCACAGAAGGUCGCUACUCAUUGAAUUUCCAGAAAGCAAGAAAAUCUAUCACACUUGUCAUCCCAGCUUCACAGCUGGAGGACUCUACAGUGUAUUUCUGUGCGCUGAGAGAGCCCACAGUGAGGCGUUCACUGUCUCUCUGCACAGCGGUGAGCAGCUCAGAGAACACAGUGGAGCAGAGUCCUGCAUCUCUGCCUGUCCCAGAGGGAGCCGUCGCCUCUCUCAGCUGCACUUAUUCUGACAGUGCUUCUACGUACUUCGUAUGGUACAGACAGUACCCUGGGAAAGGCCCCGAGUUUCUGCUGUACGUAUAUGUCGACAAAGACAAAGAGGAAGGAAAAUUUACAGCGCAGGCCACUAAAGCCAACAAGCAUGUCUCCCUGCUUAUCAGAGACUCUGAGCCCAGCGACUCAGCCGCCUACCUCUGUGCACAGAGCACACAGUGCUCCCCAGGCACCUGCAGCCUGUGCCCAAACCUGCUGGGGCCCCAGCAGUGCCUCGUGGAGAGCUUAGGCUGCAGGGCGCAGACAUCCUGUUACCUCUAUAGAUGGGUGAGCAGUGAGCAGGACGUGAGUCAGAGUCCUGAAACUCUGAGCGUGAGAGAGGGAGACAGCGUGGAUCUCAACUGCAGUUACACUGACAGCGCUCUGUACUUCCUGCAGUGGUUCAGGCAGGAUCCCGGGAAAGGGCUCACAUCCCUACUGUCAAUUCAGGCGAAUCAGAAAGAGCAAACAAGUGGAAGAAUUACAGUCUCGUUGGAUAAACCAUCAAGACACAGUGCUUUACACAUUGCGACUUCUCAGCACAGUGACUGGACCACCUACCUCUGUGCUGUGAGCCACAGCGCGCAGAGGGAACCUGUUCCCAGGACUCAAACUGCAGGUGGGGCUCCAACCACAUCCUGGCUUGGCGCUGAGGAAACUUUUUCUAUUGAGGGGUUUUCUAUAUUGACUUUCCUUCCAGAUAGAGGCAAUUAG